AUCAUCAUACUUAAUUAAAUGACUGGUUAAAUUGACAACUGUGAACUGCUGAAAAGGAAAUUGAAGAAGAAGCAGGAAUUAACAAAUUGCUGGUCAUUCGAAAGAAUUUUGUUAUUCGUCGUUAUUUAUUUUACUGGGAUCUUAAAAGAUGUCGCGUGGUAGUUCUGCCGGUUUUGAUAGACAUAUUACCAUUUUUUCUCCUGAAGGACGUCUGUACCAAGUUGAAUAUGCUUUUAAGUCUAUUGAUCAUGAGGGUCUUACUUCGGUGGCUUUGAAAGGAAAAGAUUGCGCUGUUGUGGCUACACAGAAAAAGGUCGCUGAAAAACUGAUUGAUCCAGGAACGGUUACACAUCUGUUCCGUAUCACAAAAAAUAUUGGCUGCGUAAUGACCGGACGCAUAGCUGACAGCCGAUCUCAAGUGCAAAAGGCGCGAUAUGAAGCAGCAAACUUUCGUUACAAGUUUGGCUAUGAUAUACCAGUGGAUGUUUUAUGUCGUCGCAUAGCCGAUGUUAAUCAAGUAUAUACACAAAAUGCGGAAAUGCGUCCCCUGGCAUGCAGUAUGGUACUUAUCGCCUAUGAUGAUGAGUUGGGACCAUCUGUGUAUAAAACUGACCCUGCUGGGUACUAUUGUGGCCUAAAAGCUGUUGCUGUAGGAGUUAAACAACAAGAUGCCAGAAGCUAUUUGGAGAAAAAAUUCAAGAGUGAUUUAUCGACAGAAAAAGCUAUACAACUGGCAAUUACUUGUUUGUCUCAAGUUCUACAGGUCGAUUUCAAGCCAAGUGGUAUUGAAAUUGGUAUUGUCACAAAAGAUAAUCCACAAUUUACAGCGUUGGAUGAAAAGGAAAUUGAGGACCACUUAACAAAGAUUGCAGAGAAGGAUUAAUUUAAGGGAAAAGAAUUUUUUCUUUUUAAAAUUUAACUUUUUGAUUUCAUUGGUAUUGCAAUUUUUGUAAACUGGCAAAAAAUAAAAAUAAAAUUUGCUGUAUUAAAAAAGUUAA